UCCAGGAUCUUAAAUCUGAGCUUAAACCUGUUCCACUUCAGGAGGAGUUCAGGGGACAACAACUCUUAUUCGCUGAACACCAUCAAGGACACCAGGCACAGAGAAUUAAACUAUUAUAUCAAAUAACUCUCUAAAAUGGAAGAAGCCCAAAGCCAAAGUUUAGAGGAAGACUUUGAAGGACAGGCCACACAUACAGGACCCAAAGGAGUAAUAAAUGACUGGAGAAAGUUUAAAUUAGAAAGUGAAGACAGCGAUUCAUUCCCACCUAGCAAGAAGGACAUUCUCAGAAAAAUGUCUUCUCCUCAGAGCAGAGAUGACAAAGAUUCAAAAGAAAGACUGAGCAGGAAGAUGAGCGUUCAAGAAUAUGAACUAAUCCACCAAGACAAAGAAGAUGAAAACUGCCUUCGUAAAUACCGUAGACAGUGUAUGCAGGAUAUGCACCAGAAGCUGAGUUUUGGGCCUAGAUAUGGGUUUGUGUAUGAGCUGGAAUCCGGGGAGCAAUUCCUGGAGACCAUUGAAAAGGAGCAGAAAAUCACCACAAUUGUUGUUCACAUUUAUGAAGAUGGCAUUAAGGGGUGUGAUGCCCUAAACAGUAGCUUAACAUGCCUUGCAGCUGAAUACCCAAUGGUCAAGUUUUGUAAAAUAAAAGCUUCUAACACAGGUGCUGGGGACCGUUUUUCCUCAGAUGUCCUCCCCACACUGCUCGUCUACAAAGGUGGGGAACUCAUAAGCAAUUUUAUUAGUGUUGCCGAACAGUUUGCUGAAGAAUUUUUUACUGGGGAUGUGGAGUCAUUUCUAAACGAAUAUGGGUUAUUGCCUGAAAAAGAGAUACAUGUCAUAGAGCAGACCACCAUGGAAGAAGAUAUGGAAUGAAGAUUCAUUAUGUCAGUAUCUCAAGUCUCCUGUAAGUACUGAGCAUUGAUUUGGGUAGUAUUCAUAUUUCUUUAAAGAAUACACAGUAUACCCAUGGCUGUUCUAAUUUUUAAAAAAUACCAGAUUGAUACUAAAACUAUAUGGUUAGCAUUUUUUCAGUAUUAGCUACUCAAAUUGAUAUAAUACUUUACUACAAAACGUAGUCUUCAGAAAAGAGGAUAUGGAUAAUAUUGCGAGAGUUUUUAAAAAUUCCUUUCGAGUUGUAUUUAGCUUUUUUCUCCUUGUUUCCUUGGUAUUAUUAUUGGGGUCUUCAAAUUACAUUGUUAAUUAUAAUUUUGCUUGUGUAAUAAUAAUAAAGCCUCAUAAGGAAAUACAUUUUCUAUUUGCAGUCUAUUCUUUAUCAAAUGUUACAUUAUCAAGGUCCUAAAAACAUUACAUAACCCAAAAUACAAAAAUUAUCAUUCAGUAAGAUAGCUUAUAUCCCAACCAAACUAAUACACAAGAAACUCAGAAAUACUGUAUCACAUUAAAAUUGUAAAAAAAAAUUAAAUUAAAAAAAGCAUUUGUUAAAAAUAGUUUCAGAGGUUCUAGGAAAAAAGGCAGAGUAGAAGUAAGAUCUUUGUAUCCUUCAGACAAUAGAAUAAUAUUUAGUGGUAGCAAUAAUUACAACUAUCAUUUAUUGAUUGCCUUUUAUUAUCAUUUCUAAUACUUAAUCACAAUUCUACACAUAGAUAAUAUUACUCCCAUUGCAUAAAUGAUGAUGCUGAAAUUCAGAGAAGUAGAAGUUCUACUUCCAUUUCCCUUAAACACAUUUGGAAAAUUCUCCUCCUACACAAACACAUGGAAAAGCAAAAUAAAAUAAAUAAAAUUUGAAAAAUGUUUUUAAACACAUGAAUGGGCUGAAGAGCAAGAUAAGAAAUCUUCCAGGUGUCUGAAUCAGAAUGGAAUAUAACAAUGAGUGAGAGCUGAAGUGAUAUGGCCUAUCACUGAAGAUAUGGUGCUUGAUAAGUAACCAAAAAUGGGCUCCCAGUGACAAGUGUGCUUAAAAGAAGUUUGCACAUUUUCUUCUGGUGAACCAAUGUUGAAAUCAGACAUUUGUCACAAAUUCUAGUCUCCACUCGCCUAAAUGACUAUUCUAUAGUGUCUCUUCUUUCAUUAAACCUAUUUUACACUUUACCUCCAAGCCAAACACUUCGUUUCAUCCAUACUUCAUUGAGAAAUGAGAAAUUAUCAGAUGAUCACUGCCUCAUCUUUUCAUCACCAAUCUACAAAUGUGCACUUGCCUGUGAACACUGUUUCCAGCGAUAUUAAAUGGAAAAAGUUCAU